GUUAAGUUUUGUAAGAGCUAUUGUUGGAGAGAAAAAAAUCUUUACAGGUGUAGUCAAAGUAUUUGGAAAAAGCUCAUCCCAAGCUGUGUGUGAAUUCAUCAAAAUCAAAUGAAAAAAAUAAAAAUGUCACACUUGAGGUUACGAGACAAUGUUGAGGUUAAGAGUCCAGAGUGUCCUGCAGACAGCGACGGCAAAAAAAAAAUAGCAAAGGUGCCGAGUUUACCGAGACUAAGACAUCCGGUGACAGUAAAGCACUGCUGCGUUAAGGGCUGCAAAAGUAACAGCAAUAAUCGCACUUUGCAUUUUUACGUUUUCCCGUCGCCCGAACCCAUCAACAGCACCAGGCGCAAACUAUGGAUACAAGCUGUUAUUAGCAACUGUAAUUUCAGUGAAGACUGGCAACCAAUGAAAUUAACUUUACUGUGUAAUAAGCAUUUUGUUGGAGGAGUAAAGAAUGACAACCCGCAACAUCCAGCGUACACCCCUACAUUGUUUCCUGAUCCUGAAUCUUCUGAUACUAAUAAAAAGGAAACCAAAGUUAAAAAGCUCAAAACAUGUAGCUUACGACAAGACAAUACUAUGGAAAAGAUAGAUCAUAAUUAUUCAAAAGUACCAGAAAAUAUGGACAUAGAAUACAUAAUAGUCAAAGAAGAAAUAUCUGACCCCAUGAAUGACAUGCAGGAGUAUGAAUCAGUUUUUAUCAAAGAAGAGAUACCUGUGAUGGUGGAUUUCAGUUGUCAAGCAGAUAUAUUGUAUAAUGAUAAAAAAAAUCAGCAUUUAAAUUACAUGACUUGUAGUAAAAUUGUCGAAAAUGGCCUUAUUUGCGCAGAAACUCAAGCUAGAUUAAAACAAAAAGUAGAUUCCAGAUUGAAAGUAUCAAAGAAAGUUCAGAGCAGUUCAGCUACUACUACUCAAAAUCUAUCAUUUGGUUUGUUAGGACUGCAAAGUGUAAAUUUUCAAGGGAUAACUACCAUUCAUUCUAACAAUGAUUUGCUUCACAUGUGUGGGGUGUCGUUUAAAGUAUUUAAUUUACUGUUGAAAAAUUUACCACCAAUGGAACACCUUCCAAUUGGUAAUGCAAACAGACUGUUGAUCUUUUUGAUGAAAUUAAAGCAAGGGAUGGAUUACUUUGCUUUAGCUGUUAUAUUUGGUUUGUCACCUCAAAAAGUAACUGAAAUGUGUUUAAUCACCCUCAAACACUUUGCAUCCAUUUUAAAAAUCAAAUGGCCAAAUAGAGACUUUGUCAGAAGUGUCAUGCCAGAUGUAUUUAAAAAGUCAAGCCCAACUUGUAGGGCAAUAAUAGACUGCGUUGAUGUUCAUGUAGAAGUACCAGACAACGAACAUGAAAGAAUAACAUUUUAUGCGACCUACAAAAACUGGUACAAUUUUAAAUUUUUCCUAGCCUGCGCCCCAAAUGGAGCUAUCACCUACAAAACUACGUGUUAUUUGGAUCAAAAACCUGAUGAACUUUUGGUAAAUGAAUCCGAAUUCUUUGACUUGCUCCAAAAGGGUGAUACAGUGCUAGGUAACAGAGAAUUUCCAGAUAUCAGACCUAAGCUAGAAAGUAUGAAAGUUACAUACUUCUCACCACCGUUUACGGAAAAUCCUCAUUUAGAUCCUUUAGAUAUUAGUGUUAAACAAUGUAUUAAUAGAAUCAGAUCAUUCAAAAUUAUAUCAGCUAUGCCUUCUGACUUAUUUUUGCAAGUUGAUGAAGUUGUACAUAUUUGUUGUUGCUUAAUUAAUUUAGAAUUAAUGAAAAAAAAUUAAAAUCCUA